AUGCUGCUGGACAUUCAACGCAAGUUUUUCUCGCGGUCGGAGCGCGUCAAGUCGGUGGAUUUUCAUCCGACCGAGCCUUGGCUUCUCGCUGGUCUUUACGAUGGUACAGUGUUCAUUUGGAACUACGAGACGGGUGCUGUUGUAAAGACAUUUGAAGUGGCAGACGUGCCUGUGCGAUGUGUGCGCUUCAUAGCACGCAAGAACUGGUUCCUUGCCGGAUCCGAUGAUUUCUUCCUGCGCUGCUACAACUACAACACGCACGAGAAGGUUGCAGCCUUUGAGGGCCACCCCGACUAUAUUCGGAGUAUCGCUGUGCAUUCGACUGGACCGUACGUGCUAACUGGCAGUGAUGACAUGACGAUCAAGCUCUGGGACUGGGAGCGAAACUGGCGUCUCGUGCAGACGUUUGAAGGACAUACACACUUUGUAAUGAGUCUGUGCUUCAACCCGAAAGACUCGAAUUCAUUUGCAUCUGCGUCGCUGGACCGCACCGUCAAGGUGUGGACACUUGGUUCGCCGAUGGCGAACUUUACGCUUAUGGCACACGAAAAAGGCGUGAAUUCUGUCGACUACUACCAUGGUGGUGACAAGCCAUACAUCGUCACGACGAGUGAUGACAAGACUGUGCGAAUCUGGGACUACCUAAGCAAAUCGUGUGUGCAGACGUUGACGGGACACAUGUCGAAUGUAUCGUUCGCCGUUUUCCACUCGUCGCUGCCGCUCAUCAUCUCCGGCUCGGAGGACGGGUCUGUCAAGCUGUGGCACGCAAAUACCUACCGCCUGGAAUCGACGCUCGACUACGGUCUUGAGCGCGUGUGGUGCAUAGCGCAUCGGAAGUCGAGCCACGACAUAGCCCUGGGCUACGAUGAAGGCGCUGUUGUCGUCAAGCUUGGCAAAGAAGACCCGUGCAUGAGCAUGGACCAAAGUGGCAAGAUCGUGUACGCACGCAACGCGGAGAUUCUUGGUGCGAAUCUUGCGACUACUUCAGAGUCGGAGCUGGUCGAAGGCGAGCGCGUGCGACUGUCCACGCGGGAGCUCGGUACGACCGAGGUGUUCCCACAACUGCUGGAACAUUCACCGAACGGCCGCUUUGUCACCGUAUGUGGCGAUGGCGAAUACACGAUUUUCACGGCCCUUGCGUGGCGGAACAAAGCGUUUGGUUCGGCUCUUGGCUUUGCGUGGGCGUCCGACUCGAAUACGUAUGCCAUCCGGGAGAACUCAACAACGCGCGUGCGUGUGUUCAAGAACUUCAAGGAACAAAGCGGGCUUGUGCUCGUAAACUAUGUCGUGGAGGGAAUUGCUGGCGGUGCGCUGCUAGCUGUGAUUGGCGUUGGGUUCGUGUGCUUCUAUGACUGGGUCUCAGGUACCCUGGUGCGCCGCAUCAAUGUUGAUGCGCGCCAGAUCUUCUGGUCGCAGACGAAUGAACUCGUUGUCAUUACGACGGUGGAUUCGUUUUAUGUCCUGCGGUUCCAGCGUGCCGCCUACGAGGCCUUUGUCGAGAGUGGUAUGCCGUCUGACGGCGAUGGCUUUGAGGAUGCUUUUGAUGUCAUUGCCGAAGUCAAUGAAACUGUCCGCACAGGUCGAUGGACGGGCGAGUGUUUCGUAUACACGAAUGCAGCCAACCGGCUCCAGUACUUCAUUGGUGAACAGACGUACACGAUCCGUCCCUGUGAUACCGAACUGUACGUGCUGGGCUAUCUGCCCCAGCUUAGUCGCAUCUUUGCGGCCGACAAGGACAUGAACCUGUACAGCUUCUCGCUCUCACUAGCCGUUGUCGAGUACCAGACGGCAAUCCUGCAGGGCAACUUUGCCCUUGCGGAAUCGCUUUUGCCGCAGGUGCCACAUGGCCAACGCGGCAAAGUGGCCAAGUUCCUCGAGACGCAGGACAUGCCCGAUCUUGCUCUGCAAGUCGCGACUGAUCCGGACCACCGCUUCGAUUUGGCUGUGCAACUGGGCGACUUUGACAUCGCUCUUGAUAUUGCGCACCACGGUCCUACGUCAGGUGCCGAGUCUCGUUGGCGAACCAUUGGCGACCAAGCCUUGGCUCGCUGGAAUGUGCCACUCGCGCAAGAAUGCUUUGAGCAUGCGAAUGACGUGCAUUCGCUCUUUCUCAUUGCAACAGCAAAGCAGGACGAUGCACUCCUGCGCACUGUGGCGGCGGCUGCGUCAGACAAAGGCGAGCUGAAUCUCGCAGUCGCUGCACUAUUGCAGGUGCAAGAUACGCAGGGCGUCGUUCGUGUCCUACAACGUGCUGAGCGGCUGCCAGAAGCCGCGCUGUUCGCUCGCACAUAUGCACCUCAUCUUGUGCCAGAGGCCGUACGUGCAUGGAAAGCAUCGUUGGCCUCGCAAAAGAGUCAGAAACAGCAGCAAAUGAGUGAGCGGAUCGGUGACCCGCUUUCGAUACCGGAGCUUUUCCCAGAGGGUGGAUAUGCAUAA